UGAGGGUGUGGCGUCACGGUGGCCGGUUUGCCGCUACUUUGCGCGUGCGCGCGCCGAGGGGCGCGAGGCUUGCCGGGGGGCGAGAGGCGCCGGCUGGUGGUGGCGGUCGGCAGCCGAGCGGUGGCCGGGUCGCUCGCAGUGCUGUGGCGAUGCGGCGGUGCCCCAGGAGGCAGCAAGCUGGCCGGGACAGGCCUGAGGACCCUCGGAACCGUCCGGCAGGAACUGGUGAACCAAAAAAUGCUGGGCCUGGAGCAGAUGGAGGCCAGAGAGGAGGGAAGCAGGAUGACUCUGCCUGGUGGAAGCGGAUACAGAAGGGUGAGCUCCCCUGGGACGACAAGGAUUUCCGCAGUCUGGUGGUUUUGGGGGCAGGUGUUGCCUUCUACUUGUAUUUUCGAGAUCCUGGGAAAGAAAUCACGUGGAAGCACUUCGUGCAGUAUUACCUGGCGAGAGGUCUGGUGAGAGGAUUUACAGUCUGUCCUGGAAGGAGGUGGUGCACACGGUCUGUGAGCAGGAAUCCUAAGCAGUCCCAGCCUCGGGUGGACAGGCUGGAAGUCGUGAGCAAACAGUUUGUGCGUGUUAUUCCUGCCCCUGGGACCUCGUCCGAGACGUUCGUGUGGUUUAACAUCGGCAGUGUGGACAUCUUUGAGCGGAAUCUGACGAUGGCUCAGUGGGAGCUGGGCGUUGAGCCCCACAACCAGACGGCAGUGAUCUACACCACUGAGAGCGAUGGCUCUUUCUUGCGAAGCCUGGUGCCCACCCUCCUCCUGGUGGGCAUCCUCCUGUAUGCUGCGAGGAGGGGCCCGAUGGGGGCUGGGCGUGACAGGCGUGCAGGGGGCCUCUUCAGUGUUGGGGAGACGACGGCCAAGAUCCUAAAGAAGAACGUCAACGUGCGAUUUGCAGAUGUAGCUGGUUGUGAAGAAGCCAAACUGGAGAUUACAGAGUUUGUGAAUUUCCUGAAGAACCCCAAGCAGUAUCAGGACUUAGGAGCCAAAAUUCCAAAGGGAGCCGUGCUCACUGGUCCUGCUGGGACGGGCAAAACACUUCUUGCCAAAGCAACUGCCAGGGAGGCCAGCGUGCCUUUCAUCACUGUGAACGGGUCAGAGUUCCUGGAGCUGUUUGUCGGCGUCGGGCCAGCGAGGGUCCAUGACAUGUUUGCAAUGGCCCGAAAAAAUGCGCCUUGUAUCUUAUUCAUUGAUGAGAUUGAUGCUAUUGGCAGGAAGCAUGGCCGCGGGCACCUUGGAGGCCAGAGUGAGCAGGAGAACACGCUGAACCAGAUGCUCGUGGAGAUGGAUGGGUUCAACUCUAGCACGAAUGUCGUGGUGCUGGCUGGCACCAACCGCCCCGACAUCCUCGACCUGGCCCUGAUGCGGCGCGGCCGGUUUGACCGCCAGAUUUAUAUCAGCCCCCCUGACAUCAAAGGCAGGUCCUCCAUCUUCAAGGUCCACCUGCGUCCACUGAAGUUGGACAAGACCCUCAGCAAGGACACCUUGGUGAGGAAGCUGGCGGCACUGACUCCAGGCUUCACAGGUGCUGACAUUUCUAACGUUUGCAAUGAAGCAGCCCUGAUCGCCGCCUGCCACCUGAGUCUCUCUGUUCAGGAGAAGCACUUCGAGCAGGCCAUCGAGAGGGUCAUUGGAGGCCUUGAGAAGAAGACGCAGGUCCUGCAGCCCAGCGAGAAGGCGACCGUGGCCUACCAUGAGGCUGGACACGCGGUGGUGGGCUGGUUCCUGGAGCAUGCGGACCCCCUGCUGAAGGCACCCAAAAGGAAAGGGAAGAAAGGGAAAGGCAAAGGCACCCCGGUUGUUGAUGGGCUCGCUCCAGAGGACAUGAGCAAGGAGCAGGUGGAGGAGCACAUCAGCCGCAUCCGGGAGGAGCUGGACCGCGAGCGAGAGGAGCGCAACUACUUCCAGCUGGAGCGGGACAAGAUCCACACCUUCUGGGAGAUCACGCGGAGGCAGCUGGAGGAGAAGAAGGCCGAGCUGCGGAACAAAGACCGGGAGAUGGAGGAGGCUGAGGAGAGGCACCAGGUGGAGAUCAAGGUCUACAAGCAAAAGGUGAAGCACCUGCUGUACGAGCAUCAGAACAACCUGACAGAGAUGAAGGCCGAGGGCACGGUGGUCAUGAAGCUGGCCCAGAAGGAGCACUGCGCGCAGGAGGACGUGCUGCGCAAGGACAUGCGGGCACUGAAGGUGGAGCUCAAGGAGCAGGAGCUGGCCAACGAGGUGGUGGUGAAGAACCUGCGGCUGAGACACACCGAGGAGAUCACCAAGAUGCGGAGCGACUUCGAGAGGCAAGUGCGAGAAAUUGAGGCCAAGUAUGAUAAGAAGAUGAAGAUGCUUAGGGAUGAGCUCGACCUGCGGAGAAAGACUGAGAUCCACGAGGUGGAGGAAAGGAAGAACGGCCAGAUCAACAUGCUGAUGCAGCGGCACGAGGAGGCCUUCACGGACAUCAAGAACUACUACAAUGACAUCACCCUCAACAACCUGGCCCUCAUCAACUCCCUCAAGGAGCAGAUGGAGGACAUGCGGAAGAAAGAGGAGCACCUGGAGAAGGAGAUGGCGGAGGUGUCGGUGCAGAACAAGCGCCUGGCAGACCCCCUCCAGAAGGCUCGGGACGAGAUGAAUGAGAUGCAGAAGAAGCUCGGGAACUACGAGAGGGACAAGCAGGUCCUGGUCUGCACAAAAGCGCGUUUGAAGGUCACUGAGAAAGAGCUGAAGGGGCUGCAGUGGGAGCAUGAGGUGCUGGAGCAGCGGUUCAUGAAGCCCGUCCCACAGGUGCAGCAGGAACGGGAUGAGCUCUACCGGAAGUUCACUGCGGCCAUCCUGGAGGUGCAGCAGAAGGUGGGCUUCAAGAACCUGCUCCUGGAGCGCAAACUGCAGGCGCUGAACGCCGCCGUGGAGAAGAAAGAGGUGCAGUUCAACGAGGUGCUGGCGUCCUCCAACCUGGACCCGGCAGCCCUGAGUCUCGUGUCCCGCAAGCUGGAGGAUGUUCUGGAAUCAAAGAACAGCGCCAUCAAGGACUUGCAGUAUGAGCUGGCCCGAGUCUGCAAGGCCCACAACGACCUGCUUCGCACCUAUGAGGCAAAGCUCCUGGCCUUCGGGAUCCCCCUGGACAACGUGGGCUUCAAGCCCCUGGAGACAGCUGUGGUCGGGCAGACGCUGGGUCAGGGCCCCGCGGGACUCGUGGGCACCCCAACGUAGCCCCUGCCCGGGCUGGAGGACACCUCCUUUCAACCCUGAGGACGGCAGGCGUUUGUUUUUACAUUUGUGUUGCCAGCAAAUGAAGGCGCUUCACGUUG